ACUGCUAGGUCAACGAGCAUGAGCUACUUUCUUCCACAUCUUCCUUCAGGCUGGCAUGUUGAUCAAGCCAUUCUUAAUGAGGAAGAUCGAGUUGUGAUUAUUCGCUUUGGUCAUGAUUGGGACCCCACAUGCAUGCAGAUGGAUGAAAUCCUGUACAGCAUUGCUGAAAAGGUCAAGAAUUUUGCAGUCAUCUAUCUAGUAGACAUUACUGAUGUUCCAGACUUUAAUAAGAUGUAUGAGAUCUACGAUCCAUGUACCACUAUGUUUUUUUUCAGAAACAAGCAUAUGAUGAUUGAUUUGGGGACAGGCAACAACAACAAAAUCAACUGGGCUCUUGAGGACAAGCAAGAAAUGAUCGAUAUUGUGGAGACGGUCUUUAGAGGUGCUAGAAAGGGUCGUGGUCUUGUUGUCGCUCCAAAGGACUACUCCACAAAGUACAAAUAUUAAUCAAACUAUUCCAAUAUUGCCUUUUAUUUUGAGAACACUGCAGUUUUUAAUACGAUGGUUAAAUC